CAGACAGACACACAGCUACAGCACAGCUUGAGGCGGCAUGUGGACCUGGACUAAGGGGGUGCGUCCGUUUGACCAGCAGCGAUAUCAGCGACGCUAGUGGACAGUCGGGGACACGGUCUUCAGCGCAGUGAGACAGCGUUGUGGAGACGGAGACGGAGACGGAGAGAAUGAGAAUAGUGGAAUUUGUUUCUAUUUGUAGGUACAGCCAAGCGAAAGAAGAGAAGUCACUCCGAAAGAUUUUGACAUGAAGAAGGACAUAGACACAAUCAUAGCAGAGGAACGCACUGAUAUCAUCUCUAAAUAUGACAAGGGCAGACAGGAGGGUGUCAACAUUGACCCAUGGGAGGAUGCUGACUACAGCAUCUAUAAAGUCACCGACCGCUUCGGCUUCCUGCAUGAGGAAGCGCUGCCAACACCCAGUGCGCUUGAAGAGAAGCAAAAGCAUCAGGAGAUAGAGCGAGUGGAGAAAUGGCUGAAGAUGGUGAAGAAGUGGGACAAGUACAGGAACAGUGAAAAGUUGGUGAAGCGUGUAUAUAAAGGCAUCCCUCUGCAGCUGAGAGGCCAGGCCUGGGCCUUGCUUUUGGACAUAGAGAAAGUCAAAGAAGAUGGAAAAUAUGAGAGAAUGAAGCUGCAGGCUCGUAACUUCUCCGCAGAGAUCAAACAGAUAGACUUGGACGUCAACAGAACCUUCAGGAACCACAUCAUGUUCAUGGACCGCUUUGGAGUCAAGCAGCAGGCCCUGUUUCACGUACUAGCAGCUUACUCUGUCUACAACACGGAGGUGAGCUAUUGCCAGGGGAUGAGUCAGAUCGCUGCCAUUUUGCUCAUGUACCUGAAUGAGGAAGAUGCCUUCUGGGCUUUGUCCCAGCUCCUCACCAACAGCAAGCAUGCCAUGCAUGGGUUCUUCAUCCCAGGAUUUCCCAAGCUGCAUCGUUUCCAGGCCCACCAUGAGCUGAUCCUCUCCAAAAUGCUACCAAAGCUGAAGAAACACCUGGACAAGGAGCAGAUGACAACAGGAAUCUACACCACCAAAUGGUUUUUGCAGUGCUUCAUCGAUAGAACCCCAUUCACCCUUACCCUGCGAUUAUGGGACAUCUACAUAAUGGAGGGAGAGAAGAUGCUAUGCGCCAUGGCUUAUACAACCCUCAAGUUACACAAGAAGCGCCUGCAGAAGUUUCCAUUAGAGGACCUGAGGGAGUUUCUUCAGGAGCAGGUAGCUGUUUCUUUCUUCCUGCCUGAUGAUGGGGUGGUGGAACACUUACAGGCUGCUAUGUCUGAACUCCGCAGUAAAAAGCUGGACCUACCUCCUCCAGCCAAGUCAGAAGAGCAUCCAAAUAAACCUCUGGGUCAAGAGAGACCAGUUCUCCUCCUGCCUCUGCAACCUGACUCUCCUCUGGAGGUCAAAGCAAAUCUGCAGCCCCCCAGCCAACCCAACACGGAUACCCAGCAAACAGACAGCAUCGCCCUACACAAGACCCCAUCUCCUGCGGAGCCCCAGGACUCGAGAACACCUCCUCUGCCUUCACCUGACGUGGUUGUAGUCCACACACAAGGAACACCUUCUGCUCUGAGGCCUUGCAGAGCAGCUCCGUUACCUCCGAAAGCGAGCAAACCGUGUGCUGAGGUCCGAUUGGACGGAGAUGUGAAGGAGCCGCUUCCAGAGGUUAGCCAGACCGAAGAUGUCGGACAACAGGAGGGCCAGCCCAGACACCCUGAGACCCAGGAAGAGCCGACGGAUUGGCCUCCACCUUAUGAGCCCCCUGCUUUGGAAGCUCUUGCUGUGCAGACUGAGGAUGAGAUCAUGUACCUUCCAGAUCUGCCACCUCCACCUUUAUUUUACACGGAGCAGAAUGACGGAAGGUGUCGGGACAGUGAAUCACCCUCCCUUAGGACUGGGACGGGCUCAGAGACCCCGCGGCGCUCUCCUUCUCCUCGCUCAGCCUCACCACGGGUCACUCAAGUGAAGCUAUCGCCAAAACCUUGCCCAAAACCGCCCACAUCUCUUCUCCUCAAACAGAAAGAAACUCCUCCCUCAAAGCCUUCCCCUCACCGUGCCUUCGCCACAUCCUCCUCCUCCUCCUCCUCCUCCUCCUCUCCCAGACUUCCUCCUAAGCCAACCAAGUUCCCGGUCUCUCUCUACGUCCCGGUGCCCACUGGAGACCGACGACCCUCCAACACCUCCCAGUAUGACAACCUCUCUGAGGCCGAUGAAGACGACCGCUACCUGGAGAGGCUGCUGGGCUCCACGCCUGAGGAAAUACCAAGCAUGCACAGCGAUGCCCCCCACCCCACUGGCAGAGUAUAUGACCCGGCUCUCUACCCUGUGCCUCCACCUCCUGUGUUCAUCCCACCUUCGCCCUCUCUUAUUCCUCGCCCGCUGUGCGGUCUCCCCAGUUUGCCUCAGGAGCCAGAAUAUGAAGGAGAGGACAGCUGGGUGGAGGACACCAUCAUCCCCCCUCCUCCAGCUCAUUUUGCUGACAGACUCGUUCCCUUCCAGUGUAGUGCCGCCAGCUGUUCAGACACACACAGAGCCACCUCACCCGGUUACUCCAAGCCUUUCUCUAGGGGCCCCAGGGACCAUUCUGCUUUCCCAGCACCACUGUUGUACACAGGGUCUCCCCCAGGCCACUCCAGGCCCUCAGGACAGUCAGCAGUAGGAGUGCCCUUGGUCCGAUCCAGCCCAGACUUUUGCCGGAUGCCUCCGGGUGGUCAGCAACUGCCCAAAUCAGUGACCUUUUAAAUUUUCCACGUAUUUUUCAAGUGUCACUGGUUACGCCGAUAUGAUUCAAACUCUCUGUCAAUGCUUGAUUCAUUUUCAAAGCCAUUUAGAAGGUGAAAGGCCAGUCCCUUGUUUGUGUUUGUGUUUGUGUGUGUGUGAGAGCGAGAGAGUGAAAGGACUCUUUCCAUUGAUAUGUACAGAUUCAUGUGAUACUUGCACCUUUUUUUGUAAGGGCAGUUAACUUUUCUAGGUUUCAAACUUGUAUUUAAAACUGCUGUCUGUUACAUGUUACUGUUUUCUGCACAAAAAGUGAGUGUAUUUACUCACCUGCUCUCGUUCCACCGCUGGUUAAAUCUCCAGUUGGUUUCAUUUAGUUCCAACAGAAGUGUCUUAACCUGAUCUCGGUGCACUGAGGCUAGCAACUCUAGCACAAGGGCUUUUGAGGCUGCUUUUGUUAGGUCAUCUUUGCUGAAGCACCCAAAGCCUAUACAUUUCUACUGCAUUUAUGGAAAACUGUGAGCAGGCUCACACAUCUUAACCUGUAUCUUAAGAUCAAUACUGGAUUUAUUUAACCAGUUUGUACCACCGCAGUUUGCAUGAAAACUUUUACAGAAUUGCAGAAGUUGUGACUACCAGCAACAGGAAAGACAUGGUGCAAUAUGGCACUGGUGUGAAUACAGAAGAUGGUUACAUUCACAUGAAACCUGGUCAGUUAUUUUUGUUCCCCAGGCAGGAAGCAGUGGGUACUCUGCGGGUACUUUGCUUCUUUUUAUGCUUUAAAUUGACUCGUGAGGAUGACAAAAUUGCGAAGAAAUGGUUUCAGUGUACCUGUUUAUCUGACACUUCACAGCAAUUAUGUAUUGUGUCAUGUGUAUAUAUAUAUAUAUAUAUAUAUAUAUAUAUAUAUAUAUAUAUAUAUAUUAAUAUGGUGUUACUAUAAGACAUAACGUGAAGAUUUCAUGAAUAUGACAUAUUGUCAGCACAGAGAUAAAGUAAAAACCCUUUUCAAGAUAUUUAUAAAGAGUAGCUCCAUCUGGUGGUCAGAAAAUGUUACAGAUUAACAGUUGCUGACUUUAAGCUUUGACUUUAAGGACAGACCACGUAUUACACUGCUCUGUACUUACACGGAGCAGGGAAAUAAAUAUUCAUAUGCACAGGUAUAUUUUAGAGCCAUUGCAGAGACUUUGCUGUCAGUUUAUUUGAAUUGCUCAGAGGAAAAAAAUCUUGAGAAAUGGAAGUUGAGCCAUAACAUACUGUAAAAGGACCUGAUAGUCAAACAUGUUUAUAUUGUUACGUUAUAUACUAUGUCUAAACAUUGGUUUUGUCUUUUGCACUGACCUUUGUCAUUACCAAGAGGUUUUGCCAUUCUCUGUAAGUAUUCAGUUGAUUUCUGAUGGAGUUCCAGGUUACUGCUAAAAAAAAAAUCAUUUUCUUAUAAGGAAGUGAUGUUAACCGAUGUUUUACAGUUUGUUCAUAAACUUUGGUCUCAUGCUGCGAUUCUUAACCAAGAACUUGAAUCUCGACCUGCACACAAGUAUGUCUGGCUUGCUGGAGUAUCUAGUCAUGUGACCUGACCACCAAUUUUACACCACUGCUCCUUUUCACGAAGCUGGUUGACAUCAGUGAUGCUGGGGCUCGGACCAAAGUUCAUGUACACUUUUGCAACUACUUAUUUGGGUUUUAU